GAUGUGCGGCCGACUUCCAUUUUACAACAAGGACCACGACGUGCUUUUCACUUUGAUCCUGAUGGAAGAAGUGAAAUUUCCAAGGCAAUUGAGUAACGACGCUAAAGACUUGCUCGGAGGACUACUGGUGAAAGAUCCCGCUAAGAGAUUAGGCGGCGGUCCCGAAGAUGCCAAACAGAUAAUGGUCCAUUCUUUCUUCAGCAGCAUCAAUUGGAGAGAUUUGGAACAAAAAAAGAUUCCUCCGCCAUUCAAACCCCAAGUGUGUAGUGAUACAGACACUCGGUAUUUCGACUCAGAGUUUACUGGAGAAAGUGUGGAAUUGACCCCACCUGACAGCAACAGAUUACUGGGCUCCAUACAGGAAGAGCCUUAUUUCCCUCAAUUUAGUUUCCAGGACCUGUCAUCUACGCUGGGCAGCUCAUCGGCAUUGUGAGCAGCGGAGGCGCGACAGGGGCGGCUAGCGCUGCGGGAGCAGGCAGCUUGACCAGCGUCGCGCCUAUGCAGUGACGUAGUCAGCGUCCUUGGCCGACCUGCCGGUCACUCAACAGUUCCUGGGUACUUAUAGAAAGUAUUUGAAAUUCGCGCGCCUGUGUUUGCCGGUUGACAUGGACACUGACGUUUGAUCGUUGACAAUUGACAGAUGAAGGAGAGGAAAUGCCCACAGGACCGACUACAAAUUCUAAAAUGCAGUUGAAAACCACAAAAUGAAACAACAAGACUACUCGUAUCUGGAGUGUAAAAAAAAAUUGUAGAAUUCUUAUAUACAAC